AAAGAGAAAACACACGCUUUGUUUCAUAAACUUCACCUAUAAACUUAAAUCAGACGUUUAAUGAACUUUUUUUGGCUUGAAUGGAAAUGAAGGUGUCUCCUGCACUCGUGCUCUGUGCGUCCGUCUCCGUUCAGCUCGCGCUCGCUCAGAUUCAGCUGCGCGUGCGCCCGUCACCUAGCGAUCACCUGCCGGUACCGGACCUGCAUGAGGACCCUGACCCGGCGCUGGAACCGGGAGAGAGGGAUUUAGCCCCUCGAUUACUGCGCCGGAAACUCGGCAGCAGUUUUGACCCCGUCUUCUCGUCGAUCGGUUCACCGACUCAAGGUAACGGGACCGGAAUCACGCUAGAGGACGGGAUCAGUCUCGCCGAAGCAAUUCCUCUUGAAUUCCAGCAGCUGGAUUUCACUGGUCUCAAAGCGGCGGCGAGAACGGAGCGCAGGGUGCGCCGGUGGUUGUGGUCGUACACCCGGUGCCCGGUGCUGUCGGUGUGGAAAGAUCUGGGCGCGCGAUUCUGGCCGCGAUACGUCAAAGAAGGACAGUGCUUGACCGAUCGCUCAUGCUCUUUACCGGAGGGGAUGUUUUGUAAACCGGUGCAGUCCGUGAGCGUCACGCUCCUCCGGUGGCACUGCCAGCAGGGCUCGCGCGCGCUCAAGCACUGCGCGUGGAUUCGCGCGCGCUACCCGGUGAUAUCACAAUGCGGCUGCGCGUGCUUAAGCUUUACACACAGCUAGACCAAUGGUUUGGCAAAAUGUGUUUUCUUAUUCCUUUCUUUUGAUUGUGGGGUGAAAUAUGAAUCGGACUUGUUCCUGUCAGCCCCUCACGUGAUUAGUGGACGUUACUCAUAUAAAGACACACUUGUAAUGUUUUGAGUGAUAUUUAUAUGUGAAGAAAAUGUCUGAUUGCUUGAUGAAGAUAGAAAAAGAUAAUAAAGUGCAGAU